UUAGGCUGAUGAACAGACACAGUGAGGACUGACAAGUAAACCUCUGAGUGGCAAGGAAGCAACAAAGGACAGAAAAAAGGCCACUUCAGGGCUCAGAAGAGGAGACAGAUAGGCGCUAUCUGUGUCACGCCGGUGUCGGUGUCUAUGGGUCUGUCAGUCAGGCAGGGCGACAGGCGGAUGCACUCCCUCGCCGUCUCUCUUUCUCGCAGCGCCCGCUGAUGACUUUCUCGCGUGUGUGUCCACAGAUGGCAAACCUUGUGACAUCGCUGUGCUGUGUGGUUCUGGCCGCCGUGGUGGUAGCGUACGCGCAGAGACGCAGUCAGCUCGUGGCAAGGAACCAGUACGAGCGAAAGGGCAGUGAUGUCACUAUGCAGUGCGGCUCCCUGGACAGUGACGCCUCAGUGUCAUGGAAGGUGAACGGGACAGAUGUAAAGGCACGGCACCGUCUCGAAGGCCCCAGACUGGUGCUGACCCAAGUGGACCUGGGCCAUAACGGCCUCUACAGCUGCUUUCAAAACCCACAUGGAGAAAGGCGCGACACCAUUAACCUCCGCAUCGGCAUUCCUCCUCGGGAGCCCACGGUCACUUGCCGGUCCAACACCUACCCCAAAGGGUUCUACUGCAGCUGGCACCAGCAGCACCCGACCUACAUCCCCACCGAUUUUGAAGUGGACGUGCAACAUAAUCAGCGUGCACUGGAGGUGGAGCGAGAUCCCGUCCAUAAGAACCGCUGUCGUGUUCGUUUUCCUGAGGUCUUCUCCACAUUCCCCUAUAAAGUUAAUGUGACGGCGAUCAAUGCCCUGGGCAGAGCCUCCACUGCCAUCUCUUUUGAAGAGUCCAGUAUAGUGAAACCAGACCCCCCAGAGCGUCUGGUGGCAACACCGGUCCGCAACAACCCUCGGAGACUGGAGGUGUCCUGGAACAGUCCUUCUACCUGGCCAGACACAGACAGCUUCCCUCUGAAAUACUUCCUGCGAUACCGUCCAAUGAUCCGAGAGCAGUGGCAGCAUGUGGAGUUAUCAGAGAGCACGUUCCACACCAUCACCGACGCCUACGCAGGAAAGGAAUAUAUAAUCCAGGUGGCUGCUAAAGACACAGAGGUUGGAACAUGGAGUGACUGGAGUGUUGCUGUGCACGCCACACCCUGGAUUGAAGAGCACCAGCCCAUACCUUCCACAACUGAAGUGGACCCUGUUUGUGAACCCUCCCCGACGCCGCACUCCAUCAAACCGGCUUCACAUGAAGAUCCAGCAAGUGGAGCUGACAGGCCCCUCCCCUUCUCUACACCUGUGCUGUUGGGAAUGCUGCUGCUGCUGAUAAUAUGAGGUGAAGCUCUUAAUCCUGGAUGAAGAGGAGGAGGAGGAGGAGGUGGCAGUUCUUGUUUCUAUUUUGCACAUGUUUUGAGGACACGGUGCAUUCAUCAUUUCAGUCCGUCACAGUUUACUCACAAAGAUUAGAAUCAGACUGUGAUACUGACAUUCAGCAUUUGAUUAAUGGUGAAAUUCUCCAGAGGAAUUUUUCAAAAACAAGACCAACAGACUAAUAUCGCCCCCUGGUGGCUGAUAGUGUGGGCUGGGAAUUUCCUCAGAGUGACAAAUUUGGAUCCUCAGAUGACGAAUCUUCUUUUAUUUUAAUGAUUGUUGUUAAACUUCCUUCAAAAACCACACACAUGCACAUGCACCACUCCGUGUGUGCACGUGUGUUGUUGUUGCCGUCUCCAUACAGCUAAAACAUCAUGCCAAAGACUCCUCCCAUAAACAUGGUUCCCAAACAGCUUCGUGAAGCCGGCCUGCCACCAUUGGAAGCUGAAAUGUUUGUGCACAACAGCUGAACGACUCCUGAAACCUGCUUCAUCAGACCGUGUCUGUGCACCUCCAGUGAGUGAGCAAAGCCGAUACAAUGAGUCACCUUUGACCUUUCGGGGACUAACACUUUGAAGAAUUCAGUAACAGUAGCGUGGCUUAUGUAGAAGACUAGCUUUACACUCUGCUUUCAUUGGCGAUGAAGACUCGUAAAGUGGAUUCUUAUUUUUUGGUGAAGAUGAAGUUGGAGUGUUGAGACAACCUGCUGGUUUCUCUUUCUCCUCUGUGCUGUAAAACACAACAAUUCUGACGCCUUUACAACCAACAAAAUGGCUUUUAGCAGUUUACAUUUCCACAGCCAAGUAUCACCAGUUAAUAUUAUGUUACUCAAAGAAAAAUCUGUGUUUUAUUGUCUUUUUAUUUUAUGGAAGAAGGAUAAAAACACACCCAUAGGGUUUAGUUUUCUCAUUUUUUCAGACACUCAUAAUGGCUUAAUUCUCUUUGAACCUAUUUUGUAAACUAUAUGUAACUUUAACAUGGAACAAAAAGUUUAUUAUUUAAUAAUAAUAAUAUUAGCAGUAGAAUGUCGUAACCUGUACCUGGGGUAUUUUUUAUAGCUGUAUAUACAAUGACAGGUUUCAACCAUUAAAUGUGACCAUUUCACAAUGAA